GCUGGAGCAACAAGAUGGCGGAUGGUUGGAUCAAGAAUCGUUAAAAAUGACUGUAGAAAUAUUGAAGAAAUGUGCUGUCUAUGGGGCAGUUGUAGCUGUUGUAGGGGCUGCAUUCUGUCACCAUAGAAUACAAGCAAAUUUGGCGUCAAUGGAUUAUUACAAGAAGUCAGUGGAUGAGUUUAGAAAGCAUCCUGUUGCUGUUGAGGCUGUUGGGAACCCUGUGCGUUUCAGAUACAUGAAUCUUGGACGCAAAGACAUACAAGUGGACCACGAGAGGGCACAGAUUGUGAUCCCUGUUAGGGGAAGCAAGACCACAGGAAAUUUGUUUUCAUUUGCAACCAGACAAUCCCUGGAUGAACAAUGGGUACUAAAAGAAUUGGAAUUGGAAGUUGAGUCUGACAAGAAAAGAAUCACCAUCAUAAAGAAUGAUGAAGAUGAAGUGACAUCCUCUUAACAGAAGAUUGAUUGCUAAUAUAAGCACCAGCAGGCUGCUGAACAACUGGCAAAGCAAGGGCUGCACAAGUGUCCAAUCUUUAUCGUCCAUGAAAGAAUUAUCAUUAUAAAUAAUAGGGCCCUGAGCUGGGAGUCGCCUUUUUGGGGCUGGGAAAAUGGGAUUUUAUGCACUGGGAGUGGGAUUCACAAACAAAAAUUAAAAAAUCAUAAAAUGGGAUUGAGAUUGAGAUUGAGAUUUGAGCAAAACAUAGGCUGGGUCUAUGGGAUUUUGUUGAAAUUGGGGCUGGGAAAUGGGAUUUGGACCCCCAAUUCAGGAUCCUGAAAUAAUGAUUUAGAUGAAGUGACAGCUGCUUAACACAAGACGGAUGAGUGAAUGAUUGAUAGAACUCGGGGCUAUUCAUGUGUCAGAGAACCCAAAGRAGGCUAUUAAUAGAGCGUUUUCACGUGACGUCACAGCGUCACACCAAAACAAUACAUUUUCUAUCCUCCAGGAAUUGAACUCUAUUUUUAUGCAAAUACUGUACAGAAAGUUUCUAUUGUUUAUGGCUGCCUUCUCACGUGAGUGAAAACGCUCUAUUUGCUUGCAGAAAUGAAUUAUAUUCAGUCUACAAAGAUUAGAAAUACUUUUUAUUGCCAUAUACUCUUACUACUACUAACACUUGUCUUACAAAAGGUCACUUGAAUUAUAACAUCAUUAACUACCACUACUUCCUAGCACACUUUCUUUUGUUCAGUUAAUUAGCACCAAUUGUCUUACUAUUCUCAUAAGGAAAUACUAAUUUGAAUAAGAGAGAAAAUUCGUGAAACAUUCUGGUACUGGUAGUAAAAUGACGCCAUCAUGCAAACGGCCGAUUUUAAAAAGUUUAAAACUAAUUGAUUAUUAAUAAAGCUCUUUACCUAUGUUUUCUCAUAUUAGACCAUGUUGAUGACUAUGUUCCUUGUAUUAAUUUACCUCUUAUUUAUUUAUUCAUAUUGAGUAAAAAUAGGAAAGCUCAUAAAACUAAAUUUUAUAUUAGUUAUUAUUUUAAUCAUAAUUAUAGUAAACACACUCUGAUUGGUUGAGAACUGUUAUAUUACUACUGUAGUUUAUCGGAGCAUGUGUUAUGUAAAAAAGUUACAACACAGACUGUUUCUUUCUAUAUAAUACAGUCUACUGUAGUUUAAAUAUUGUGUAAAUCCAGAAAUCAUCCAUAGCCACCUCACAGAGGAAUUUGGAAUUUCCAAAGAGUAGGGGAAUCAGAAAAAGGACAAAAAUUACAGAGUUCGUAUGGAAGAAAAUUGAACUUUCUGGGGGGUAGGGGGUGUCUUAAAAACAUUUUUCCGUGAGGGGGGUAUGGGUAAUUUUUGGAACUAUACAUUCUGAAAUUGCAGUCAGGAUUCAUGAUUCAUCAUAGUUUUAAGUUGUCUCUGAGUUUUGAAAUCUACAAUUUAUAAAUAGACGUUUCGGUCUAAACAAAGACCUUUAUGAGUGUAACUGAAAAUGUUUGCAUGCGUGAGUUUUAAAGAUCUUAUAGUGCCCACAAUAGCAUUAGAAUAUUAGGAAGAAAGUUUUCUGUAUAUUUCCAGAAACUUCAGUUUAAAAAUCGUAAAUUUCACAAUACAGAGACAACUUUUAAUUAUAAUGUAUAGACUUGUUUAACACAGUGUAACUUAUUAUUCCUUAGUACUCGGUAGCCACUGACAUCAUUGUCAUUGAACUCACGUUUAAGGCAGAAGUUUAAAGGAAGACAAUAGAUUUGUUUACUAUGCA